GGGCUGCAGGGUGAGGAUAGAGAGGCACUCGCCCUACUCCGCUAACCCAGUGGCCUGAGCCAAUCACAAAGCGGAUUGGAACCUCACUUGAGCCUCCCUUCCCCCCACAUCCCCUGCCCAGCAAGAGCCUCCUGGAAAGGGGGACACUGGAAGGGUGUGUUUGCAAUUCAAAUCCUUGGCUUUCUGCCUGCCUCUUUUCCCCAUAAGAAGGCAGGAGCUGCAGUGAGGUGCGAAGGGGUCUUCUGAGUUGCAGUGGCAGUAAGAUCCAGAGAUCCCCGCUCCUGUCUGCUCCUGUCUCUUUCCUGUUUCCAAAGCUAAGGGAAAGGGCAAGGAUGGUGGAGGCUUUCUGUGCUACCUGGAAGCUGACGGACAGCCAGAACUUUGAUGAGUACAUGAAGGCUCUAGGUGUGGGCUUUGCCACUAGGCAGGUGGGAAAUGUGACUAAACCAACAGUGAUCAUCAGUCAGGAGGCAGACAAAGUGGUGAUCAGGACUCAAAGCACAUUCAAGAACACAGAGAUUAGUUUCCAUCUGGGCGAAGAGUUUGACGAAACCACUGCAGAUGACAGAAACUGUAAGUCUGUUGUUAGCCUGGAUGGGGACAAACUUGUUCACGUACAGAAAUGGGAUGGCAAAGAAACAAAUUUUGUUAGAGAAAUUAAGGACGGCAAAAUGGUUAUGACUCUGACUUUUGGUGAUGUGGUUGCUGUUCGCCACUAUGAGAAGGCAUAGAAAGUUUCCCGAUACGAGGUUGGAAAAGCUCUACAGUUUUUCUGUUUACUCAAGACUCAGUAUUAUCCUGCUAUUACUGCAUGGGUAAUCACUAAUUAGAAGGUUAUCUUUGAUGUGGAGGUAGAAAAUGGUGCUUUAAAAACUUGUUUUUAAAACUUUUUACUGCAACUAGCCCAACUUUGAUCUGCAAAUUCAACGUGUUUUAUAAUUCACAUUAAAAAUUUUUAAGACACAUUUUUAAAAUAAAGAAGUGAAUUUGUUUUACAAUUUCUACUGGAAUGCAAAUCAAAUUGGAAUAAAAAUCUUCCACCCGUGAGAAA